UCGGUUAGCAGCCUGCAGAACUCAAAUGCCGCUCUAAAAGCAUUUGAUACCGGAAUUGGUUUUUCUUUAUUUGCCGUGAAAAUUUUGUUGAAUAGUGGCACUAGUACUAGUAUCGGUACUCUUGGAAAUUUCGUUGGGCUGUAUUGCAAGAUACCAUAUAAUUGUCUACUCUGGUAUUCUGCGUACAAUACACAGGUGUCUGCUGUGAUUUGAUCCAAUCAGCUUGUGAACCGGCUUUGGACAAUACUGCACUCAUAUGCGAAAUUCCGGCAAUGGCUCAAACGCGCGACUAACUUCGCCAAGGGCGUUUUAGAUUAGUCUUGGUUUUGAGACUUGAGAACAUACAAAUAGCAAUUAAAGGUGGAUAGUCCCAAUCGAUGCGUAUUAGGGAUCCCGUAACGAGAUCCCCAACUGCACAAAACAUGCCGGCAUCCAGCGCACCCGGUCAACGUAUCCGGUUGCGUGCUGAAGAAGUUCAGGAGAGCCAACACUGCUGAGUGCAUUUCGACGAAAAGGCUUAUGUGCUCGUCCACAUUUAACAAUAACUGAUGCGUGAUCUGAUCCAGUCCGUGGAUAAAUGUCUUAAAAGCCUAAUCUGGGAAGGAGAUGCAUGAUUCUUGAUACCAAACGAAGGUGGUCGGCGACGGCUGGAAGUGGACCACAUUGCUCUUCAAGCAGCUGUUGAAGACCUGAACCGGCAAGACGUUCAAGCACUAAAAGACAACCGGAAGUCAAACAUGCAGCUCUUCAAAAACGACUACGUUCGAGAAUUUUUGGCAGAGUUUUUGGGCACAUUCAUUCUGAUCGUGUUCGGAAAUGGUGCGGUUGCGGAAGUUGUCCUCAGCAAACCAACCGGUGGCGUUAACGAUUUCUUCAGCAUCAACAUCGCGUACGGACUGGCGGUGGCAUUUGGAGUUUACGUUAGCGGCGGAGUCAGCGGAGGUCACCUGAAUCCCGCUGUUAGCGUCGCCUUCGCCUGCUUAAGAAAGCUGCAGUGGCGUAGGGUACCGAUAUACAUUGCUGCCCAGUAUAUCGGUGCUUGGUUUGGAUCAGCCAUUAUUAUGAUGGUUUAUUUCGAUGCAUUAAAGAGUUACGAACAGUUCACAAACAUAUCUCGGGAACUGGACACGAAAACCGCCGGAAUUUUUGCAUCGUACCCUCAAGAAUUUCUCAGCUGGCGAAAUGGUUUUUUCGAUCAAAUUUUUGGAACAAUGCUACUCAUGAUCGGAGUACUAGCACUGACCGAUGAGCGCAAUACAAAUCCUCAUAAAGGAGUGGUGCCAAUUCUGGUCGGUUUACUAAUCGCAGCAAUCGGAUUGGCAUUUGGUUUCAACUGCGGAUAUCCCAUUAAUCCUGCUCGAGACCUUGGUCCGCGCAUUUUUACUGCCAUGGCUGGAUGGGGACACAUGCCCUUUAGCAUCAGAGAUUACAACUGGUUCUGGAUCCCGGUCAUCGGACCGCAUCUGGGUGCACUGCUUGGCGCACUGAUCUACAAGUAUUUCAUCUCCAACCACUGGCCGCAGUCGGCGGCGACAUUGGAGUCUAGUCCUCCUUUGGUCAUCCACACCACACAUCCGGCUACUGUUAUUACCGCCACGCCAAGUUAUCAGCCAUUAAAGACCUCACAGUCGGCGUAUUCUCAAGGGGAAUUCCGAUGAAAUAAAUUGACAGUGAGAGGAAACCCGACGCACUGGAUGAAUUCUCGUACGGCUACUGCAUUUAUGAAUAAAACACAUUAUCGGUUCUGCCGUAUUGUUAACUAGAUGUCUUGAACUUCAAUUGAAUUUGAUAGUUGUGCUUAUAACUGACCAUGUGCUGAUUUGUUACGUGCAGAGUCUUGUGCGCAUCAAGGAACUCAUGUCACCUUCUCAGGCUGCCUGUUUUGUGUUUACAGGUUUUUAUUCGCAAUUAUGCGUUAAAACAAUUGUGCUCUACGUACUGUUUGUACGUUUAGAUAUAGAAAAUAACAAACAGCGUUUUGUGAUCGA